AUGAACGAAGCUGACAAUGCCACAGGCGAGGGUGCCAAAAGGUCUGAGGAGAAGAUUGAGAGAGAUGAGAAAGAGAGAAAGGACAAGGAGAUCGCUAAGGACUCCAUCCGCGGCUGGGUAUGCUGCUUCAGUUACUCUGCCAAGUCUCACUGCUUGACUUACCACAGAGGUGAUCGCCCUACUGCCAGCAACGUGACAUGCGGCCGGUGCAAUCAUCCUACAAUUGAUCUCAAUCGGGAUCCGCGAGCAUGCCCCUUUUGUUGGAAGAUAGCCGUCUUCCCGCGUCAUGUGGAUAGAGCAGCCAUGCCCGGUCUAAUUUCUGAAACGCUUCCUAACAAUCAUAAUCCAUCAUGGGCACCUCUUUGCGUAGGUUGCAACACAUGGAACGAUUGCCGUUGUGUGACUAGCCAGUCGGAAGAUAAGCGGUCUGCUUUGAUAAUCCUUUAG